AAUAAAUUUAUAUCACCAUAGCUACAGCAAUUUGCUGACUGUGCUUACAUCGGCAUAUUUUUAGGAUUUGUAUCCAAGAUGGCUAACGCUUGCAGAAGAACGGUUUUUAGACAGCUAUUUGACUCCGAGUCAUGGACUUACACAUAUCUUCUUGGGUGCACAAAAACAGGAGAGGCGGUUCUUAUUGACCCAGUGGACAAACAGGUUGAAAGAGAUUUGAAGUAUGUUCAAGAACUUGGCCUUAAAUUGAAAUACGCCUUAAACACUCAUUGCCAUGCUGAUCAUGUGACAGGAACAGGUAUUUUGAAAACCUUGGUAUCUUGUAAAAGUAUGAUUUCAGCCCAGGCAGGGGCAAAGGCAGAUGUCUAUCUUCGUGACGGUGAUAUCAUCAAGUUUGGAGAGCAGUUUCUUGAGGCCAGGGAAACUCCAGGGCACACUGAUGGUUGCAUGACAUUUGUUGAUACAAAUGAAGGACGUGCCUUUACUGGAGAUGCUUUGCUCGUUAGAGCUUGUGGAAGGACUGACUUUCAACAAGGUGACCCAAGAGUUUUAUAUGACUCAGUGCACCAAAGGAUUCUAAGUCUUCCAAUGGACUACCUUCUCUAUCCAGCUCAUGACUAUAAAGGCUGCACUGUUACUAGUGUGAGAGAAGAGAAAUUGUACAAUCCACGUCUGACAAAGUCAAAGGAGGAAUUUGUUAACAUAAUGGAGAAUCUUGGACUAGCCAAGCCUAAAAAAAUAGAUGAAGCACUACCCUGGAACAUGAUGUGUGGACCAAGUCAACUUGGCCAAGUUGAAGCUGGGAGGCAGGAUAAAUGAGACACUUCAAUGGAGAAUUCUGACUGCUAAUGUAAUAUUGUAAACACUUUAAUUUGAAACUUGUUUAGAUAAUAUAAGAUAUUCUAUAGUAAAUAAGUUUGUUGUAUAUCUAGAAUGGAAAUCAAAUUUCAAUUUUUUUGGAACAAGAUAUAAAUGCUAGCUCAAGCUAGUUAAAAGU